CGCAUCGUCGUCGUCAGACCGUCUUUGAUUGUAGUCCACGAUUUGAUCGCGUUACGAUUACCGUGGGUAAUGUUUUACCGAAAAGGUAACCUAGUGCCGUUUAUUUUUAUCUACGUCUUUGUGGUCAGCUUUUGCGGACCCGCACGUGGUGCCAGCAUUCGCAAUGGACCACUCGAAGACAUGGAAGUGUCGGAAUCGCAAUCGCGAGGAGUGUAUAUGGACGCCCUUACGCAACCGUAUCUUUACGCGCUCGCGGGACUUCCCCUUGAAACGCCAAGUUUUUAUAGUGAUGACGUGGAGGAUUCGGUGGUCGAGGGUAGUGAACCAGUGCAUCAAAAAACCUUAGCAAAACCUGUGGCGUUCUCGUACUAUAAAAAUAACGAGAUUCCCGACUUGACCGCGGCUGCAACGGGUGGUAAAGCAGCUCCUAGGGCUGGCCACCAUCAUGAAAAGGGUGGCGGCAGGAAACAUUAUUCCGAACACCAUGCAGCACAUGGUGAAAAAGGACAUAAAGGAUACAAAGGAUUUCACGAACACGAUAAAGGUGCAAAAGGACAUCACGACAAAGAAAGUCAUUCUGGACAUUACAGUGAUAAGGGGGGCCAUAAGAAGUCUCAUCAUCACGAAGAUGGCUACCACGGAAUCCACCACAAAGGAGACAAAGGACAAAAGGGAGCUAAGUACGAAGAAAGUGGAAAACAUAGCAAAGGACACAGCACAAAAGGUGGUCACAAUGUUCAUAAAAACGACGUAUUUGAAAAGAAAACCGUAUUCUACGACGAACAUCAUGAAGGAGGAGAGAGUGAGAAGCAUGGAGGUUUCCAUUCAGAGAAGAAACACAAAAAGGGCGCUAAGAGGAAAGGUGGACGUAAGAAGGGAGGUCAUCACGAAGCUCAUCAUGGUAAGAAGGGUCAUUAUGACAAAGGUGGACAUUACCACGAGAAGAAAGGCCAUAAGAAAGAUGGUGGUCAUAGUUCCCAUCACAGUCAUAAAGAGAAAUAUGGAAAGAAAGAUGGGCGGGAAAGUCAUUCCAAGUGGGGUCAUAAGAAAGGGGGAAAGAAAAGUGGGGCCCAAAAAACUCACCAUCAUUCUCCUCUUGCUGAGCAGCAGCAGCUACUUAUGGUUUCACCACAACACCAAAUGGUCGAAACAACAAACGUACCAGUUGCCAAUCAAGACGUUUACGUCACUUCAGCUGCUUCUCCCGUUUCUAUUCAUCAAGAAAUGUAUCAAGUAGAUCCCAACAGAGGACCACCAAUGAAUCAAAUAUACGAAGUAUCUCAAGCAGUAGCCCCUAAACAAACUGAGGGACCCAUUGUUUCUCACCAACAAGUAUACGUGCAAGAUGGCGACAACGUAUAUGUCGCUAAUGUUGAAAACAAUCCCACUGAGGAAGCCGUUCCACAACCAACCGAAACUGUGGAAGUUAAACCACGAGAAGAAAUUGUAGUAAAUGAACCAAGUAGAAGUGAUAAUUACUAUCCUCCAGUGUAUCGUGGGGUAGAUGUUUACCAAGAGGCCAAAGCACAUUUCGAUAAUAUUGAUGGAAGAAGUAGAGAGGAAGAACAAGAAAGAGAUGGUGAUAAUAAUGCUAGGGAACGUCUAUCAGAUGAAGACGCUAGUGAUUCUAUUAGAUCCGAAAUUAAGAAAGCACCGCCAAGGAAGAGACUGCUAAUAGCAUUACAUGACGCUCGAUAAAGCUGGCAUUAGAAAAUUUAGGGUUUUUCUAAUUUUAUACAACAAAGGCUGACGUAAAGUCAAUAAAAGACUCUACUUUAGAAAUAAUUCGUUAGGAGCGUUUACAAACAACGGUAGAUCAUGA